CAUUAGUCCACUCAGCGUCUUUCCCUCGACGCGAGGGCUCCCGUAAUGGCGACCAAACUGGCGACCAACUUGUGCCAAGCGACGGUGCUGGCAGCUUUUGUCGCCCUUCACUGCGCACACCUGGCACAAGGGCAUGGCUAUCUCAAAUCUCCCAUCAGUAGGAACUACGCGGCGCGUCUGAACAACAGAUUCUACUGCGAGCAUUGUGGGCAGGGCAAUGGAGCGCCUCCGGAUGUCUGUGGCAAUCCAUUUCAGGGCAGCACCGGCGUCAACUUCACUGACCCCUAUACCUGGUUCGACGGCUUCAAAGCCACAUGGACGCAGGAACAGGAGGUGGACAUCACCAUCUACCUCUCCACCAACCACGGCGGCCGCAUGGCGAUGCGGCUGUGCCCCCGCGACCGUUUCGGCCUCUACCCCACCUGCUUCAACGAACCGGCCAACCAGCUGCGCCGCGUGUCGCCCGACCCCAAGUACAACGGAAAGGUCUACUGGUACCUGAAGCCCAGUGAUGCGGAGAUCACCCAGCGCUUCCGCCUGCCGCCCGGCGUCAGCUGCUCCAGCGGCUGCGUGCUGCAGUGGUGGUGGGUGGGCUAUCAGAACUGCUACCUGCCCUGCGCCGCGGCGGCAGACGACGUGGCCGGGGAAUGCGGUGUGAGCGUCAACGGCGCCGGCGUGUGCUCGUCCAUCACCCAGACUGAGCAGUUCAACAAUUGUGCGGAUGUCCUCAUCCUGCCACCCGGCAGCAACGGAGGCGGCAGCACAUCCAGCCCGCCUAAGCCCCCCAGCCCAUCGCCACCCAGGCCAUCCCCUCCCAGCCCCGCGCCUGCAGCCGGCACCCCGCCCCGUCCUCCCACCCCGCCUCAGCCGCCGUCUCCCAAGCCACCCGCGCCCGCGCCGCCCUCGCCCAAGCCGCCUUCACCCGUGCCGCCCAGCCCGCCCCCGCGCCCUCCGACCCCGCCCUCGCCUCCGGGCCCGGUGUGUGCGCCCGUCACUGAUUGGAAGUGCACACAAUGUGGAGUGCUGGCUAACACAGCCGCCGCCGCGCUAGGCACCGGACUGGAUACCCCGUGCCGCGAGUGCGCCGGCUCCAUGACGGACGCCUGGGCCUGCCACAACUGCUUUGCCGGCGCCACUGAUCGGGGUAUGGUGCUCGGCUGCCUGUCCUGCGCGCGCUCGGCCGGCAGCAGCGGCGGCUGGUGCUCGCAGGUUUGCGCCGCGAAGUCACCAGACGGCCCCACGUUCAGCCGCUGCCGCGCCUGCGCCGUCAACAGUGGGACGCCAUGGGACUGCAACACCUGCUUCGAGAAGUCUGGAGGCAGCGCCGCCAAGAGGGACGCAUGCCUGGACUGUGUCGGCGCACGGCUGGGCGGCUGGGCUUGCGGUGAGUGCACCGCCAAGCCCACCGCCUGCGAGCAGCAGCGAUGCAUCGACUGCCUGCGCGCCCAGCCCAACAACAGCUGGGGCUGCUACAGCGCGAGCUAUGCCGCCGCGUGUGCUGGCAGCAGCGGCCGCAGGCUGCUGUAGUGACCGCAGGAACUUAGCAAUGGCAGCAGUAGCAGCAGCGGCACUUGAAAUAGAAACGGCGUUGCAGGGUGUACCUGGCUUAUUUCCGGGAACUGGAUGGAUUUCUUUGACCAAGAGCAUUCAUAUUGCAAUCGAUAACAGUCAUAUUCCUGUACAUAACACCCAUCUUCAGUCCUGUGCAUGGCGUGGAACGGCGUGAACGGACGGCUAGCAUCUCUUGGGUGGGGCGUGCGUAAGCAAUUGCGUGCCGCCGUGGCGUCUGCAACGACGCCCUUACCUGAAUCCGGUUGCAAAUGUGGAUGGCACUGUGGGUGGCAUUAUGUGGCAAUACCCUGGAAGACGUACGAGGCUGUGAUGGUGAACUCACAAGCAAAGGACCGCAAGUGUGCGGCGUAUGAGGCCCGGGAUGCGCACCGGUGCGGGACGGCCCCUGGCAGGGCCUCCCGGCGUGCUGGCCUUGCAAGACGGUGGAACGCUGAUGAAGGUCGGCAUGGGCACACGGGGCCACAAGGUGGUACAGAGCGUGUUAUUCAUGUACUCACAAGAUUCAUGAAGGUUAACUUUGCGGUAUUGCGCGUAUUCGCAACAUGAACAAUGCGUGGGCAAUGCGCCAACGCGUUCGGGGCGUAAGCGUUGGCAACGGCGAUGAUGUCGGUGGCAGGUGCAGAGCUGCCAACCGUUCUUAAGACUGCCGCGAGUUUGUAUUCGUGAGCUUCUAGAAUCAAUGCAGAGGAUAGCUGUCGUGUCGCGGGAACUGAGGUGGUCCCAAACAAUUGGUCUUGAGGUCGAACUGGGGGUUGCUGUACGGGGUUGCUGGCCGGCACACGGCGUGCGGGUUUUGAGAGACAUGAAGGGCCGCCCGCCGACCGGCCUGUCUAUUUUGUUCACACCAUACAUAUUGAAUUUUUGCGAUAAAAAUAAUCGCUCGUAAUAUGGCUGAAAACACGAGGAGUGACGAAGCGGCGGCCAGCAGAACGCUUCCAGGCUGGCACGCUGUGCUUCAAGUCCCACACCAGUUACACGUACAUCGUCUAACAUUACUAUUCGGGAACA